AGAGCCGAACUGAUUGUUUCGACUGACUGAAAACUGAAGUCAUCUUCUGCACGAACAAAGUUUAUUAAUCUGCUGUAAACUGUUCGGGUCCCGAGUGAAUCCAGAAGGAUCUGGAACUAAAACCCUCUCGAACUAAAAUCCUGGUUUUAGUUUAGUUGAUGCUUCGUUUUGAUUUGACUGAAUUUACAGAAAAGAAACGAGUCUUCUGAAAACACUGAAGCUUUUAUUAUAUUAAGAUUUAGGAAAGUUCGAAUAUACUUCUUCUUCUUCUGUCAUGUGGACGUUUUAACACCUGCCUGCUGAGUCACCUGGAGACGGAGGAGGCCGCAGGUCCAGACCUGCAGCAGGUCUCUGCAGGGUCAGUCUGGAUCCUUAUCAGCCCUCCGAUCAAAACAAACACAUCCUUCGACACAGUGAAGGAUCACUUUUGUCUCGUGUGCACUGAGCCCGAAAAACCUCCAGGAUCCAGCUUCUUCUGCAGAAACUUCAGAUCCGGUCCUGAAGGUUCCCAUCAGAUCCGGGCCUGAAGGUUCCCGUUAGAUCCGGGCCUGAAGGUUCCCAUCAGAUCUGGACCUAAUGGUUCCUGUCAGAUCCGGGCCUGAAGGUUCCCAUCAGAUCCGGGCCUGAAGGUUCCCGUUAGAUCCGGGCCUGAAGGUUCCCAUCAGAUCUGGACCUAAUGGUUCCUGUCAGAUCCGGGCCUGAAGGUUCCCAUCAGAUCCGGGCCUGAAGGUUCCCGUUAGAUCCGGGCCUGAAGGUUCCCAUCAGAUCUGGACCUAAUGGUUCCUGUCAGAUCCGGUCCUGAAGGUUCCUGUCAGAUCCGGGCCUCAUGGUUCCCGUCAGCUGUGGAUGGUUGAAUGCUGAGUCUGAAGAAACCUGCCGGUGUAGGAAGACCCCCGACACUCCUCUAACAGGCAGUGGGCGGCGGCUCACGGCGCUCUCCAGGACCUCCUUCAGGACGAGUUUCCUGACAAGCCUCCUGGUUCUCGGGCGGACCGGCUGCAGGUCUUUCAGGACCGGGCCGUCCUCUACAUGAAGUACCUGCAGAUCUUCCGCAGUCUGGGGGAGGUCUACGAGCAGCUGGUGCAGCCUCAGAGGAGGCGGGCGGUCCGGAUGGUUCUGGACGGGCUGACGGGUCGACUCCUGGAGCUCAGGAGUCAGAUGGUGGAGCUGGAGCUGUCCGAGUUUCACUACUUUGAUGAGCUGCUGCUGGACCUGAAGAUGACGCCGAAGGAUCUGGAGAUCCCCGUCCCCCGAUACUUCCUGACAGACAAGAUCCAGCUGCUGAGAGACAGACAGACCAUGUUCACCAACAUCCUGGAAACACAACGAAGCAACCAGAAGGUGAGUUCGGUCCAGUCGAUGAGUCUGGAGGAGGCGGUCCGUCUCCUGCAGGUGUCUGAGCGCGCUCGGCAGGGACGAAUCAGAGCGCAGUUCAUGAAGGAGCUCGUCCAAUCAGAGAGAGGCGUCCACAGACACACCUGGAGACCCCCAAACCUGACCCCAGAUCAGGCUGCGAUCCGGAUCCAGAAGGUGUGGCGAGGUCACAGUCAGAGGAACCGCACCAACGCUCAGAGAACCGACGAGAUGGUGUUUCUGGGAAUGAUCCCUGCGGAGCCUCCUGGUCCCAGUUCAGCCCAGCUCCAGGCCCGGCGGGUGUCAGUGGGUCGGAGGCUGAUCCAGGAUCAGAACGAGGAGGAAUACCAGAGAGCUCAGCUGAGUGUGAAGCAGUCGGUUCUAGACGUGGAGGGAACCGACAUCAGGGAGACUCUGCAGAAACAGAUCCGACAGUGGUUCCUCGAGUGCAGAGACGCCGCAGGAACGUUUCCAGAGUUUCCCGACGUGUCAGCCGGAGGAUCGGCGUCUGUCUUCGCUCAGAAAACACCUGAACAGGUCUCAGCUGAGCUGGCAGCGCGGGACGAGAGAGAGAAGAAGAAGAAGAAGCAGGGAGGACCAGAGAAGAAGAAGAAAGAGACGGCAGGAAAAAACAAGAAGAAGAAGAAAGAGCAGGGCGAUAACAGCUGGAUGAAUCCUCGCAGCUGUUUCCUCUCUGAUGUCGUCGACGGAGAUAAAACCUACUCAGAUGUGUGGCGUUGCCGUGACGACCGUCAGAGUGUUGACGUCCAGCUGCUCAGAGAGGAGAAGAGACAGGAAGUGGAACAGGAAGUCCGACUUCAGGUGGACGAGCUGAUGAGGGCGGAGCUGAAAAACCUCAAACUGGUCAUCGACAAAACAAAGACGAAGAAGACCAAGAAAGGAAGCAGAAAGAAGAAGAAAACGAAGAAGAAGAAGAGAGCGAAGGACCUGACAGCUGACAGGUCUUUACAGUCUCUGUGUGAGGAGUUGAUUCUGGAGGGUUUCCUCAUCCAACCAAUGAACAUCAAGCUCUCGGACUACAUCGGUGAGUACAGUUACCUGGGCUCGACUCUCAGACAGGUGAACGUUGAACCGAUGCCGUCUCUCUCUGACGUCAGACAGCUCAUCGCCCUGUACGCCGUCCUGCCGCUGGGAUCCCAGGCGGUCCUGGAGAGGUUCCCGGUGGUGAAGACUCUGCUGCUGGCUGGUCCGUCCGGAGUCGGUAAGAAGAUGUUGGUUCACGCCGUCUGCAGCGAGACCGGAGCUCACCUGUUCCACCUGAGCCCCGCCCACCUGAGCACCAGGUACCGGGGCAGAGGAGGAGCUGCCUACCUGCUGCACCUGAUCUUCAAGGUAGCAGCAGAGCUGCAGCCGUCUGUGAUCUGGAUCGAAGACGCAGAGAAAACCUUCUGCAAGAAAACGCCAAAGAGCGAGCGAGAGGUGGAUCCUCGGAGGUUGAAGAAAAACCUCCUGAAAUCUGUGAAGACUCUGAAACCGCAGGACCGAGUUCUGGUGAUCGGGACCACUCGAAGACCGUUUGAUGCCGACAUCAAACCGUUCUGUAAAGUCUACAAGAAGAUCAUCCUGAUCCCCAGACCGGACUACAGCUCCAGACUGGUCCUGUGGAGGGAGUUGCUGCGUGCCGAGGGGGCGGAGCCUGGUCCGCAUCUGGACCUCAGCUCAUUGGCUAAGAUCACCGACGGCUUCACUCAGGGUCACAUCCUGCAGGCGGUCCGCUCGGUGCUCCGCCCCCGCAGGCUGAAGAAGCUCCGCCUUCAGCCGCUGACCGCCGCGGAGUUCAUCCAAUCGCUGUCGAGAAUGGAGCCGGUGUACAGGGAGGAGGAGGAGGCCUUCAAGGUUUGGUUCAGGAAGACGCCGCUGGGCAGGAGGAAGGCACGAGCUGCCAAAACCAACGAAGAAGAAGGAGGAGGAGGAGGGAGGAAGAAGAAGACGACCAAAGAGGACAAAAGCAAGACGAUGAAGAAGAAGACGAAGAAGAAGAAAAAGAACUGAUGGUGUUUGAUUUUAGUCUGAUUCUCUGGUUCUAGUCUGUUUUUAUAAAUAAGAUAUUUUAACACGUUUACAAAAUGUGUCUUUAGUUCCUGUAGUGCAAAAACAUUUGCUUAUGUUGUGAAAUACCAUUACAAUUGUUUUCUAAUGAAAUAAAGACGUCUGAUCAUA